GUAACUGGCCGUAACAUUCGAGCAUUCGAGAGAACGAACGGCAUAUUCGCAAUGAUUUUUCGCUUAAUUUUUUAGUGAAUUCCAAUGUUACUGUGAUUUCUAGUGGAUUUUAGUGCGGUAGUGGUGUUGUGAAACUAAGUGGGGCUUAAAGUUUAUUUUGGAAGCGAUAAAGUUCGAAUACGAAACCGCAAACCCCCGUUCUGUAGGCGUUGCUGUCACUUGGCUUCCUCCGGUCCUGAUCGUUUUUCCUAGAUUUCCCGUAAUUAACGAGUGAAAUGUCGCUUGUCCCGAGGCUACUUUCAAAUGCCGACACGAAUCAUCGAAUCCUCAGUAUAUGACGAUCCAAAGAAACCUAGGAAAACGAUCAUCGCACCUAGAUGUUUCAUCAUUGUAACCACUUUUAACACUAAUAGGAAGUAUCGCAACGGGCCUCGUCGCCGAGGAUUGAAGACACUUCAGAAGGGAUCCCAAUUUUUUAAAAAUGUUUGCCAAGAAGAAGAAAAAGCCACAAAUAUCAACACCGACGAAUUUCGAGCAUCGAGUGCAUACGGGAUUCGAUAAGCUUGAAGGAAAAUUCGUAGGUCUGCCUUUACAAUGGGCAUCUAUAGUUGGCAACAACCAGAUACUCAAGUCUACUAAUCGACCUUUACCUCUGGUUGAUCCAAGUGAAAUCACUCCCACGGAAAUUCUCGAUUUAAAGACUAUCGUACGGGGCCAUAAUGAUCCUAGGGUCGGAAGAUUUGCACCUGGAGAUAAAAACACUGAAAAUGGUUUGCCUAAAACUAGUACCGUCGCCAGAUCAAACUCUCUUCGGUCUUCCAGUCCGCCGAGACUUAGGCGAGACUACAGAAAUAAUUCAAAUCUUCCACCAUCCGUACCGGAAGGCCAAGAAAUGAUAAAUAGUCCUGCUCAAUUCAAAGCCUAUUCCAAUUACGGAAAACCUCACGGUUAUCCGGACAAACUGAGGCAGAAUUUUCCAAACUUAGGACCUGGAAUGCAUCCAAAUCAUCAUAACCUACUUCCAAAUCUCCAGAAUCUCAAUCCCAACAUGCAGUCUUCUCCAAAUUUAACGCACGUGGGGUCAAACGCUCCAAACUUGUCUUUGAAUUUCCAAAACCUAAGUCCAAUUCCGAGUAUUCAAAGUCCGACGGCCAAUUCCAGUAUUUCACAGAUUCCAGAACAUGAAUUACAAAGAACUAAUCCAUCCACGGUGAUGCCCACACAAUAUGUGAUGUUGCUACACAAUAUGCAUUCCAAGGUUUCUCCGGUUGGAUCAAUAGCCUCGCAAAGACCUCUUAGUCAACUGAGUUCACACAAUGUUAAUAAACAUUCUCAAAAUUAUGGAGUGCCUGAAAAUCCUUCCGCUGUACUUACACAUUUCCAGAAACCGAUAGAAAGUUCGCAAUCAAUGCACAAUCUCUCAAAAUCUGCGGUAACUUCAUCUAUUCCUGGAGUGAGUUCUACACCAGAUCAAAAUCAGAACAUGAAGAGCGCAGUUUCGUCCGGCAAUUUAGCUGUUGGCUCCGGAACGGGAGUAAAUAAUGCCAACAAGCAGAACGCAGACCAAAGGUUGACACAUGAACAAUUCAGAGCGGCCCUGCAAAUGGUGGUUAGUCGAGGAGACCCAAGAGAGAAUUUGGAGAACUUCUUAAAAAUUGGCGAGGGCAGUACAGGCACAGUUUGUAUCGCAACAGACAAGGCAUUGCACCGCCAAGUAGCAGUAAAAAAAAUGGACUUGCGAAAGCAGCAAAGGCGAGAGCUUCUUUUCAACGAGGUGGUCAUCAUGAGAGAUUACCAUCACGCGAACAUUGUCGAAAUGUACGACAGUUUCUUGGUAGACGAUGAACUCUGGGUGGUCAUGGAAUACCUCGAAGGUGGAGCUCUAACAGAUAUUGUCACCCACUCUCGAAUGGAUGAGAGUCAGAUAGCAACGGUUUGCAUUCAGUGCCUUAAACCACUCGAGUAUCUGCACUCCCAGGGUGUUAUUCACAGGGAUAUAAAAUCUGACUCUAUCCUGCUUACUGCAGACGGACGGGUGAAAUUGUCAGACUUUGGUUUCUGCGCCCAGGUUUCUCAAGAACUUCCGAAGCGGAAGUCCUUAGUGGGAACGCCUUACUGGAUGAGCCCUGAAGUUAUUUCCCGGUUACCGUAUGGUCCAGAAGUUGAUAUUUGGUCUCUGGGAAUUAUGAUCAUUGAAAUGGUCGAUGGAGAGCCGCCAUUCUUUAAUGAACCUCCUCUUCAAGCAAUGCGUCGCAUCAGAGAUAUGCCCCCACCAAAAUUGAAGAAUUCGCACAAGGUGAGCCCGCGACUUCAAGGGUUCCUUGAGAAAAUGCUUGUUCGAGACCCUGCGCAAAGAGCUACAGCGACACAAUUAUUGGAGCAUCCGUUCCUUAGGCAAGCUCAAAGCCCGAGCAUUCUAAUACCGUUGAUGAGAGGGGCUAGACACACAAACUGCUGACGUGCCUGUGGUAAAAAGUUAUAACAAAAGUUAAUUUCAAGUUCAAAAUUAAUCAUGGACAUUCUGAAAGUUCGUCAGCUCAACUGUAAAAUAUAGCGUGACGAAACAAACAUUUAUUAGUCUUAAGAUUUUUUGUAAUUAAUGUGAAUGCAUCGGUGAGUAAAAAAUUAAUCAUUUUGGUAGAAAAGAUCAUUUUUUACGAAAGUUCUUUAAGUUUUCAAGCGUUUAUACAUAUUUUUCUGUAUAAUUAUCUAUUUUGAAUGGUUAUUCACUGACACACUCAUUUAGAGAUACAUUCCAGUGUGGUUUGAUUUCAUUUUUAAGUUUUAUAAUAUUUUACAAGACAGGGAAGACUUCUGACUUUUCCGAGUACUUUGUAUUUGUGUGCCUUUUAUUUACAAUUUUUUGAACAGUGUCAUAGGAUCCUCGACUCUACUUAUUUAUGUGUAAUCGCGACAAAUCCAACAGUAUUUUUUUUUUUUUGUUGAGAAAGUUGGGUAGUUCGUUUUACUAAUUUAAUUAUUUGCCACCCGACACUGUUCUUCGGAAGUAUGUUCUGGUUUGGAACUCUUCGGGAAAGUUUGAAAUGUUGAAAAUUUAUUUGUAUAUCCUAAGUAUAUAAUAGUUAGAUGGAUCAUAUUCAUUCCAACGUGCCUUUAAAAAACUGAAUGAAUACUGUAAAUACUAAAAUUCUAAGUUCAAUUGACCUUAUCUGCGAUUUGACGUCUUAACAUGAUUUAUUUUUAGUCCCGUUUUCGGGAAAAUACUUAUAGAAUGUAUACUAGCGCAGUUAUUGGUACGAAUGUAAUUUUGAGAGAAGUCACGUUCGAUCUGUUAAAGUCUAACACAAGUAACAGUUAGAUUUGAUAUAUACCUCAACAAUCACUAUCCACCAAAGGCAGUUUAAAUCGUCCAAACUCUAAUAUGUCACGCGUAUUUUUGGUGUUAAUAUUAAAUUAGACAUGUGUCAAUUGGUAGGCAACUCAUAUACAUCUGGUCAGCAUCCUAGGAAGAUCCAGUGUAAAUAUCCAUUUUUUGCCAAAUUUGUUGGUAUCUAUUUUAUGCAACCGAAAAGACAGUUCGUGACGGCUGGCAUAUGCUUUUAGCGUCCAGAAAAUACACCGAAGAUGAAAUUCAUAUAGUAGAAAUCUGCAGGGUACAUAAAGUGCUCGCAUUUACAUGUGCAUUUUCUUUUUUUAAGUAAUGUUAAAGUGUGUCAAGAUAUCUUGUAUUCGAAAUGAAGCUGUAAAUGCGAUAAUAAUAUAAAUAAUACUCCUUGUUGAAUCAAUUGCAUAGUCUAGCAUUCAUGUCGGAAGAACGGGUGAUUCGAUUACAAAAGUCCCUAUGCAUUUCUUUUCUUAUCUCCUAUUUUCAUAAGAAAAUACUCAAGUUUGCGGGACACUUUGAAAUCUUAGGAGAACGUCCUAACAUGUCCAAAGUUAUGACCCUCGCAAAUUGACCCGUUUUCCCAGAUUUCACUAUAAUUGCAGUUUUUAAAGAGUAGCUCCAUGCUAGUGCAACCUAAGAUACAAGAAAAGAAAGCACAUUUAGGUUUUCGUUUAUUAUUGUAUACAAUUUUAUACGCUCCUUUUUUACUCCGAAACGAUUUUAAUUUUUAUCUUGGGAUGCAUUAAAAGAGAGCUAAAAAAUUUUUUUUUUAUUUGUGGGAAAUCGAGUCUGCUUCCAUUUAUCUGCGGACAAUUUUGAUGUGAGUUGUACAGCAAUACGGCCAUUUGAAUAAAAUGAAAAGUACCAUUUUUCCACGAAAAAUCGAAAAAAGGGAAAAUUUUGUGUAGUUAUAUAUCGGGACCUAUUAUAGCUAGGAAACUUUUUUUUUGUAGUUUUGUGUGGAAUUAUUUCCACACGGUAAGGCCUUUUUAUGGUAAAAUAAUUAUAUUAGGCAACAAAAUCAUGGGGAACAUAUGUAAUCCAUAUAAUACGUGAUGACUGGACUGUCAGCAGAUGUUAAAUUUUUUGAAAACAUUUUUCCAAAACUCUCAUGUAAUUUGUCUGUUCUUAAAAACAGAUUCAAAGUUGUGUACUAUAAUACCACUGAUUAUGUGAUAUAUUCAAUGCAACAGAGAAGUUAUGCAGAUUAUCGAAAAAGAAAAAAUAUGAGCAAUGUAAUACUUCUUAUAUUUAUCUAAAGCGAAAGUGAAGAUUCAAUUUAUAAUUUCGUCGCAAAUUGAAAUGUCUGCAAAUCAAAAAAAUGAAUUAUCUGCUGCCGUUUUGGCGCUUUUAGGCAAAAAUCACGAAAGUGUUGACAGAAAGCUUGAUUGAAUAUAAAUAAAUGGUUUUUGUAAAA